AUGAAACUGAAUGUAAAGAAGAAAACUUUCCUAAUGGAGCAAGUCAGUGCAUUGAUAUUGAGCGAGACUCCUCAAAAGUUCAUAGAUCCUGGCUCUCCCAACAUUUCCAUUAUGAUCGGUGAAUCACGCAUUGAGAGGGCUUUACUUGAUUUGGAGAGUAGUGUGAACUUGCUACCAUUUUCAGUGUAUAAGCAGUUGGGAUUGGGUGAGCUGAAAAAGACCUUCAUUAUGCUACAGUUGGCUGACAGAUCAGUUAAGGAGCCGAGAGAUAGCACUUUCCCUGUAGUGAUUUUCUCAAAGUUAAAUCAGAAGGAUGAAGCUCAGUUCAUUGAAGUCCUAAGAAAGCAUCGAAGCGCAAUUGUUUGGACAAUAGCCGACAUCAAAGGUAUUGAAGCUGCUGUUUGUACCCACAUAAUCCAUCUUGAAGAUGAUGCUAGACCGGUUCAUGAUGCUCAACGUAGGCUCAAUCCUACCAUGAAGGAAGUUUUCAAAGAUGAAGUGUUUAAGCUGCUCACAGUGGGUAUCAUUUACCCCAUCUCAGAUACUAAGAAAGAUGCAAAACCACGCUUGAUUCGUUGGAUUUUACUACUUCAAGAGUUCAACAUCAACAUUAAGGACAAGAAAGGAGUUGAAAACGUGGUAGCUGACCACCUCUCUAGAUUGUCAUCAUCCUCCUCUUCAAAUGUCAGCCUUCCUCUUGAUGAUAGUUUCCCGGAUGAACAGUUGUUUGUGAUUAAUAAAGCUCCCUGGUAUGUUGACAUAGUCAACAAUCUGGUGACUGAGCGAAUGCCUUCUGAAUGGUCCACCCAAGAUAAGCAUCGAUUUCUAUCUGAGGUACAACACUUUUCUUUGAUGAUCCAUACAUUUUCAAAUAUUGUUCGGACCAAUUAAUUCGAAGAUGCAUUCUUGAU